AUGAGGGGGGGGGACUUGCCAGUGAAAGUAACCAGUUCUGUAGACCCAGUAUUACUAUGUCGGUAGCUCUGCAAGUCUUGCUCUUACUGGUGUUAUCGGUGUCGUCUCCUAGUCAGGCGGGAUGGAGCACUAUAACCAACACGACAGAGCUGAUAUCCCGGGCUGGAUACCAGUCAGAGAAGCACACAGUGGAGUCCCAAGACGGUUUCCAUGUCUCAGUGUUCAGGAUACCCGGUCCCGGUGCUCCUGUAUUCCUGAUGCACGGACUCUUCGUCGCCUCCGACUCUUGGGUGCUGCGUGGCAAGGGUCGUGACUUGGUAUUCAUGUUGGCUGACCGGGGAUAUGAUGUUUGGCUGGGGGAUGCCCGAGGGAAUUUCUACUCCCGUAGCCACAACACGUUCACUCCAGAUGACUCGGUCUUCUGGGACUUCAGUGUGCACGAGAUGGGAGUGUACGACUUGCCGGCAGUGAUUGACUACGUGCUGAACGCCACAGGUCACAACAGCCUGGUGUACCUAGGCCACUCUCUGGGCACCACCAUGAUGUAUGUUAUGAGCGCCCGCCGGCCUGAGUAUGUGUACAAGGUGCGUCUCAUGGUGGGGUUGGCGCCGGCCGCGUUCUUCGGCAGGUACCGCGCCGCGGUCCAGCGCUUCUUUCUCGAGUCUAGCUCCUCCUACUCGGCGUACUUCGGGCGGGUGGGCGUGCACGAGGUUAUGCCUCGGACUCCGCUGACGGCGGUGAUGGCUCGGCUGUUCUGCAGCAGCAACUCUCCCACUCAGCGGUUAUGUCUCCAGUUCUUCUACUUCACUGCGGGGUUAGGCAGCCUGUCCGACUUCAGCCAUGUCAACAAGACGCUCUUGCCAGAGUUUGUAAGUCACGUGCCUACCGGAGCCUCGCCCAAGACUUUGUCGCACUUGGGUCAACUCAGCAAGUCCGGUCGGUUCUGCAACUACGACUACGGAUCUGAGGAGAACCUGGCGAGGUACGGGUCCAGCUCUCCCCCUGACUACGACCUCAGCAAGACCUCCAUGCCAGUGAUCAACUUUUAUGGAGAGGGUGACACUUUGGUGGAUUCUAGAGAUGCGACAGAACUCAGUGCCAAACUUCCUAACCUGAUAGCCAACAUUGCUGUGGAUAAUCCUCUGUUCAACCACAUGGACUUCAUCUGGGCGGAAGAUGCCACCGAUCUUGUAUAUCAGAGGAUUCUGGAGGUCAUCGCCAAAUAUCCCGGCUAAUGAAACGUCGUUACUAACUACCCAUGCCAAGACUUUAUAUUGGUCAAUAUUUCUUUUGCAUAGUUUUCAAUUUAAAAUCCCUUGAAAGUCACAAAAUAUUAUUCUAAGCCUAAAAUUAAACUAUGGAACAGGAAAUCCCUAUCUUUUGUAUAUCUGUGAAAGAUGGCACUAAAUAAGAAGUCCAAAGGAAAUCUGUGCUGCCAACUAGAAUUUAUAGAAAAUUAUGGAAAGGUGCAAAUUGCUCACUUUUUAAUUUCUUUUAACAUUAAGAAUUAUUUAUAAACUUUCCAAAAUCGAAGAAGUUUUACUGAUGUUACACCACUCAUCCCUAUGUCUACACCACAAAUAUUGAAUAUCCUAAAUAAACCUGAGCCAUAACCAUGUA